UGCUCAACAUUGACAGCAUCCUGAACUCAAAGCAGCAAAUAUGUUUGAAUAGUUAGGGUUUGGAAUUGUGGGAAAUGAUAUGGAGCUGGUUGUGGGCAUCAACGGGAAUACGAAUAGGAUUGAGAUUGAAAAGAACACAAAGAGUGGGUGGUUGUGUCGUGUGUUUGUGUCACCAAUGCGAUUAUUCAUCGCAGAAGCAGAAAGGGAAAGUGAAGUGGACGUUGUCGAGAAGUCCAUCUGAUUUGGUCGCCCUCUCCCUUUUCCUGUGGUCAGCCCAGCGGCGGCACCCCGACACAGUCGCCUUGGAUGACAUGGUCACCGUGCUCCGCCGCCUCUCUGAGCGCUACAACACCGCCCCAGCCAUUCUCUCCGAGUUGGAGAGCAUCGGCUGUGGGUGUCUUACAAACCCUAAAUCUCAGUUGGUGUUUCUCAGGAUUUACUGGCGUGCAGGUAUGUAUGGAAUGCUCUUUGAGGCUUAUCACCAUAUGCAAGCCGCUUACACCUUUGUCCCCGACACCUUUGCUCGUAAUUUGCUUAUGGACGUUCUCUUUAGGAUUGGGAAGCCCCAUGUGGCUGUCACUCUCUCCCUUUUCAAUCAUUCCCACCCCCCUAAUUUCUUCACCUUCAACAUUGCACUUCUCCAUCUUUCCAACCUGAACCAUCUCCCUCACAUCACUCGCAUUCUUAGGCUUAUGCUCAGGGCCGGCUAUUCUCCCCCUCCUCUCACAUUUCAGACGCUUCUCAAUUCUCUCUGCAAGAUUAAUGCAUUACCGCAGGCUUAUCAGCUCUUGGCUCUCAUGACUGCACUGGGGAUCAAUUUCUCUGUCAAUAUUUGGACUAUUCUCAUCCACAAUUACUGUAAAUCGGGUCGCCUUCAUGUUGCUACCAACCUCUUCCACAAUAUGCUUCUGACCGGUUGUUCUCCUAAUAUUGUAACAUAUACCAACUUAUUUAAGGCUCUAAUGCAUUCCAACAUGGUAACCCGUGCUUUUCGUUUGUUUAAUGCAAUGUUAUCUGCUGGCCAAAUUCCAGAUUUAAUUCUUUGUAAUGUAUUAAUUCAUUGCCUUUCCAAGGCCGGAAGGUGCCAGGAUGCAAUUCAAGUUUUUCUCAGUUUAUCAGAGCGAAACUUCAAACCUGAUUCUUAUACCUUUACUUCAUUGUUAUCCGCAAUCUGUCUCUCCAGAAAGUUUUAUCUCUUACCCGAUCUAAUUCUAGUCUCCAGACAGAUAGAUGCUGAUUUAGUGUUCUGUAAUGCUCUUUUAAGCUCUCUUACCAAGGCCGAGCUUCCUUCUCUUGCUGUUGGAUUCUUUGACCAUAUGAUUCAUGAAGGUUUUGUGCCAGAUAAAUAUAGUUUUGCUGGAUUACUGAGUGCGCUCUGUGCCGCUAGAAGAUUUGAUGAAGCAGUUAAUGUGUACCGUGGUGUUGUUAUGAGUUAUCAUGAUACUGAUGCUCACAUCCAUACUGUAAUAACAGGUGAGCUUAUAAAGGCCGGAAAGUAUCACAAGGCUGCCGGUGUUUUCAAAUUUGCAGUCAUGAAUAAAUAUCCACUUGACAAUGUAGCGUACACAGUUGGCAUCUGUGCACUACUUAGAGGUGGAAGAACUCAAGAGGCUUCCACAUUGUAUGACCGGAUGAAGGACAAUGGUCUGAAACCCAGUGUCCAUACCUGUAAUAUGAUUCUUUUUGCUUUUUGUAAAGAAAGAGAUCUCCAGAUGAUAAAACAGAUUCUGCAAGAGAUGGUUGAUUCAAGGAUACAGCUGAGUGACACAAAUUUCUUCAACUUAUGUAAAUAUGCAUGUAGAUCAGAUCUGUAUCUUUCCGCUUUCAAAUUGUUGGCUGAGAUGAGAGAUUUGAAGUUAUUAUCUCCCAAGGCAUUGCAUGAGUUAAACUUUGGCAGGCAUACUGAAUGUGUACAAACAAAACAUAAACAUCAGGCAGAAGCAAAUACAGAAUGGAACCAAAUUCUGGAUGCAUCCAGUUCUGAAGAUCUGUCAGAUGUAGCUGCUUCAGUUGGUUGAACUCUUAUGUUAACCAUGUACCCAACUUCUGCUUGAAGGGUUCAUUCAAUUUCUAUACCGUGAAAUUCAUUAAUAUCCACGCCCUGUUUACUCUCCAAAGAAAGAUGGAUCUUAUCCCGAGCAAGUUUACUUGCCUUGUGAUUAUUGUAGUCAAUGUCCAAUAGAUUGCUGCCUCCGCGCAAUCACUUGUUCUUGCAGAUAGUUUGCACAAAAGAAAGACUGCACGAAAAUUGUUGUAUUGUUUAUGCAUCAUCCAUAUAUUUUCUUGAUAUAAGCUGGGAUGAGAUAGUGAGAAAAAGGCCGGGCAAAGAUUGAUUGCUUUGUCACACUGUUCAUAUAUGAUGUUGCAAGGGAUACCGUCAAUAUUACCUCCUCCAUUGACGUCUGUCUUUUAAAGCGCGCAUGCUCUUUUAUAUGCGAAUGAGCUUUUGGAGAUCAAAAAUUACUUGGGCAAAGAGUGGGAGUGCUCGCAGUCUCAUUCCUUUAAGGAGGGUGACAUAUGCGCUGAUGCACUUGCAAAACGUGGUACGGUUCAAGCGGAAGGCCCGGUAGUUACUCAAUGAGGCACCCUUGUUUUUACGUACUCUACUGUUAGCUCAGUCCGUGGGGGUUCCUUACAUGAGACUCUAGUUUGUGUUUAAACAUCUUGUUUUUGUUUUUUCUCUCUAUAUGUACCCAAAAAAAUAGUAAUGUCAAUAUGUUGACUUUAAUAUAUUGGGUUAAUACUUGAUAGGUUGGUUUAAGGUAGGUUCAA